UCUCCCAAUCUUAUUUAGUAAGUGUGAUUUACAAAAUUUAUUUUUAUUUUUUUAGCUCUGUAUUUUUAUUAUUAUGCUAAUUUAUAGUUUGCUUUUUCAGUAGAAUAUUUAGUUAUUUUAAAAGUGAUACAAGAACAAAAAUGUUGGAUCAUUCACAUAUUGUCAAAUUUUGAUGAUUCACCUGUAACGAACACAGAUAGCAAUUAGUACAAAUGACAGAACCAUAUUUGAUAAAGAAAAGCUCUUGUGCUUUAAUACCAGAACUACGACUUUUAAUAACUCUAAGAUAUCUUGCCACAGGCGAUUUACCAUUGACUGUAGCUUUGGCAUUUAGAGUUGGUGAAUCCACGGUAAAAGAAGUGGUAAAAGAAGUUUGUAAUAUUUUGAUUAAGAUUUUGGAACCAUUAUAUCUUUCUCCACCUACAAAAGAAGAUUGGACAAUAUGUGUUCAUGGAUAUUGGAAGAGAUGGAACAUUCCAAAUUGUGCGGGUUCCAUAGAUGGCAAACAUAUUAGAUUACGCUGUCCUCCAAACUUUGGAAGCUUGUAUUUUAAUUAUAAAAAAUUUUAUAGUGUGGUUUUAUUGGCAGUAUCUGAUCAUUUAUACAGAUUUACAUUAGUUGAUAUUGGAGCAUUUGGAGGUAAGCAAUAACAAAAAUUCAAUAUUAUGUACAUACUAUAUUAUUAUAUAUUUUAUAGGAAAUAGUGACGGAGGCAUUUUCAAUAACUGUGAUAUAGGAAAAAACUUAGAAAAUAACAGAUUAAAUUUACCACAAGAACCUAUAAACCUUCCUAAUAGCAAUUUAAAAACGUACACUUAUUUUGUAGCCGAU